AUGUCGAAUCAGCAACGGUCGAGCCCCGCGAGUGCGAGGCCUGGCACCCCACGAGGGGCGCGACAGUCAGUAAACAAUGACGCGAACCUCCUAUCACACCCGCUGAAGCGCCUCUCACUACAUAUGCCUUCCAACACGCCACUGCCAAAGUCCCCAGCAGUAAAUUCGACUCUGCGCCGUACACCCUCGACACCCAACUUUGCUGGGGAGAAUAGUGUUCAACGCAGCCCGAGCGUGGCCAGUUUCCGCUCGUCAACGUCUGCCCUGGUACGGAAAACCUCAACUUCUUCCCUUCGUGGUGAUAUGAAUCGACCUGGCACGCCGCGAGGUUUGAGCUCCAGACGAGCAUCAUUCAAUCCUAGCAUGCAAUCACCCAUACCAAAGAGCCCAUUGGGACCUGCGCACCCAGCAGAGAAGCCCCCACUACGUGCAUGCGAUGUGGCCGAGGAAUACUUUAAGAAAGAGCUUGCGCGGCAUGAGGGCAUGGCAGGCGCAGUCAACGCUGGGACUUUGGUCAUUGUACAUGACCAAUGCUAUGGUCACCGCUAUUCCAGGCCAAAGACACCCAAGGGUCAUCUGAGCCUAAUCAUGGAGCGACCAGAGAGAAUACUGGCCAGUGUCUUGGGUAUUUCAACCGCCUAUGUACGUCUAGGAGAGCGACACGCCGAGGGAAACCAUCCACCACACCCAACCCACAGCCCCCCGGCGCGCAUACCAUUCAAGAUUCGCAAGACCUCGCGCGUCGUCGACAUCACCUCGCCAGUCGUUACCAACGUACACGGGACAAAGUGGAUGAACGAGUUGAAGUCUUUGUGCGACAAUGCGGAGCGGAAGCUGGCGACAACAGGCAAAGAAUUGGCAAGGGAUACGUCUGCUGGGUCGGGUCGGGCAUCAAAGCAGCAAGAGUUGCACUCUGGCGAUCUCUACCUCUGCGCCGAAUCGCUCAAUGCAUUCCAAGGUGCUCUUGGCGGCGUAUUGGAUGCAGUUGACGCUGUCUUUCAAGGUACGAGCAUGGGAGGUGGUCCCUCGAGGGCCUUUGUCUGCGUCCGCCCGCCUGGACAUCAUUGCUCUAAUGACUUUCCUUCUGGGUUUUGCUGGCUGAACAACGUCCACGUCGGUAUUGAACACGCUAUUAUGGAGUACAACGUCACACAUGCAGCUAUCAUCGAUAUUGAUCUACACCACGGAGACGGCUCGCAGGCCAUAACAUGGGCGCGUAACAAGAAAGUCCAGAAUAUGCCCAAGAACACGCCAAACUGGAAGAAGACUUCGAUUGGCUACUUUAGCUUACAUGACAUCAAUUCCUAUCCCUGUGAGGAUGGCGAUGACGACAAGGUCCAGGCGGCUAGUCUGUGCAUCGACAACGCUCACGGUCAGUCCAUCUGGAACAUACAUUUGCAGUCUUGGGAGACUCCACAGCAGUUCUGGGCAAUCUACGAAGAUAAAUACAUGGUCUUACUUGAAAAGACACGCCAGUAUUUGAAGCACCACACUCAGCGUCUACGUAAUACUCCCAACCAUCCCGACCCCAAGGCUGUCAUCUUUCUGUCCACCGGUUUCGAUGCCAGCGAAUGGGAGACGGCGGGAAUGCAGCGCCAUUCCGUCAACGUACCCACUGAGUUCUAUGCCCGCUUCACACAGGACGUUGUCCGCUUGGCUGAGGAAGAGGGCACGUCAGUAGAAGGUCGUGUCAUAUCGGUACUGGAAGGUGGUUACAGUGAUAGAGCACUGACAAGUGGAGUCUUCAGCCAUCUUACUGGCCUUGUCGACGGCCAGGCCUUUGCAGAAGCGCAUCCACCAAGAGGUCUCGGAUUCUCCAUGCAACCGCGCCAACGACUUAGUGGAUUGAGCAUGCAGAGCUUUCAAGACGAUGAUGAGCCCAUGGAGUCUAUUGAAGAGGAGCUCAGGCCUGUCACUUAUGAUCCUAACUGGUGGCAUGUUUCUCGUCUAGCUGAACUGGAGAACCUAGUGAAUCCCCCGCCUGCCUAUGUUCCAAAGGCACCUCGCGUCGGGCCUCCCGCACACUUCUCGUCACCUACACAAUCUUACGUCGCCAAAGUCGUCGACCCGUCGAAACUCAAUCGCAACCUCUCCGCCAAGUACGCUUCGCCGUCUAGACCCGUUACACCUCCUCCGCCAGAUGUCGAUUGGGCCACUGCCGCGCAUGCUCUCAGCAGUCUGCUCAUUCCGACAGAUCGGCAAACCCGCAGUCAUCAUCCAGAAGACCUGAUGGAAGUAAAGGUGAAGAAAGACAAGCCUGUUGCGCCGGCGCCACCUGCUGCACACGGAGAUGGAUCAGGACGGCAAUUACGCGGUCGCAAGCCUGCACUGUCUUACGCUGAGCGGGUUUCUGAAGAUGAAAAGGCUCGGUCAAGCAGACGGCAAACAAUCGCAGACUUUGCUCCCAAUGGAGACGCCCAAGCACUGCCUCGCUCCUCCGCACGCCGCAUGAGCAUUGCUUCGAGCGUAUCAUCCAUUGGAGACGGCAGAAGCGUUAGUCGUGCACCCAGUGUGGCAGCCAACAGGAGAGACGUCGCGCCUUCGGCACCUACAAACGGAGUUCCUCUGAAGAAGCCACGAGGCCAAACUACUGCCGCUGCAGCGCGAGCUCCUCAACGGCCAGCUAUAUCACGCAUCCCGUCUAGCCAAAACCUCAAGGCCAGCGCCCCCAAAGGCAAGGAGAAUGACGGUCUGGAGGCUCUCACCUCCGGUCUGAAGCGGAUCACACUGAAGAUGCCUACAAAGGAGGAGCAUGAUGCUCGGGAGAAAGAGAGAGAAGAGAAGAAAGCUACCGAAGCACUCAAGAAGACUACCACACGAAAGGCACCUGCCACUCGAGCACCCGCCGCAAAGCCUGCAGCCAAAGCCACAGCCACCACCAAGAAAGGUCUCGGUCGACCAGCCAAACCAUCCAAGCCACCUUCUCCAGCGAAAUCUUCCACCCCAGCCCCUGAGGCCCCCCAAAUCCAAUCCACCGCCACCGCCCCCCUCGAACAACCCCGCCCACUCUCCAUGGAAUCAUCCUCCGUCCUCCCCCGCACCUCACCCACCCAACCCUUCCAAUCCCCUCCCCAAUCCACCUCCUCAGCCCCCACACCAGACCGCCGCAUCUCAAACGGCAUCAUGAUGCAACCGCCCACCACUGAUAUCCAUGACAUGGACAUGACACCCGAGCAACUCCGCGAGCAACUUCCUAUGCCCUCUUUUGUCACCGUCACCGAGCCUCUGGCUGAUUCAUCACCGCCCCCUCGCGCUGACACGCCGCCGCCGCCUCCGCCGUCGAAUAUACCGCAGUUUGUGAAUUAUACGGCACAGAGCUUUGGUGGUAGUGGGAUGACAGAGCAGAGGUUUGGGGAAGAGGAGGGAAAGGACAGGGCGACAUUGCAGUGGGUUGCUAAUACGCAUGCGGAGACGCCGGUGAAGCAGGAGGGAGAGAGGAAGAGGGUAGAGUUGCCAGUUUUUAAGGCAGAUGGGGUUAUUCCAUUUGCGGAGUAG